GCCUGAACACGCCCCUACAGCUUUCUGCGGCGCUCAGAUAGCCACAGAUAUUGCGGCAUUAUCUUUCGAAUUGACCGCUACAGACAUCCCGAAGGUACCCAAUGGCUUUGAUCACCAUAUCUGGAUUUCCUUCGUCGGGGAAGUCUAGACGGGCUCACCAAAUCAAGGCACAACUAGAAUCCCGGAUACAGGACCCUAGCUAUCCCGGCCCGAGGCUGAAGGUUUCCAUCAUCUCUGACGAUGACCUGAACGUUGACCGCAGCGUAUACGGUGAUGGCCGACUGGAAAAGCCUGCUCGAGCGGCACUCUUCACUGCGAUGCAAAGGGGAUUGGGGCAAGGCACCAUUCUCAUAGUUGACGCGAUGAACUACAUCAAAGGCUUUCGUUACCAGAUGUACUGCGUCGCGAGAGAAAUGAAAGUACGAGUAUGUACAGUUUAUGUGGUUGCUAUGCCGGACCUUUGCAAAGAAUGGAAUGCGUCGAGAGCGGACGGAAAACAGUAUUCUCCCGACAUACUCGACAAUUUGCUCCUCCGCUUUGAAGAACCGUCUUCGAUGGUCAGAUGGGAUUCUCCACUUUUUACUGUGCCGUGGACAGACGAACACGUACCGGCAGAUGAAAUAUGGAAAGCGAUCACAGAAGGCACGGUCAAACCCCCUAAUGCAGGCACACAAGCAGUUCCGAAAGCACCCACGGAUGCGCUGAGGACGCUGGAAAACACGGCAACAACCAUGGUCGCUGCUAUUAUGGCGGAGCAAGCAGCGUCGCAGCUCUCCGGCGGUCCAAUAACCCUCUCGCUCAGUGAGACCCUCAGACCUCGCAUCACCCUCCCCUCGCGGAAUGUCACCCUCUCCGAGCUGCAACGUCUGAAACGACAGUUCGUCACUGUGCACAAGAAGGCAAUCACACUGGGCACAAUCGAGAAAGGGCAAGUGGAUUGGAGCGAGGAGAGCGUAGCCGAGAAAUUUACUGUCUACAUCGAAGGAAACUUGAGGCCAUGACGCAAAACCCAUCUUGUCAACAAUAAUCUAUGUAUAGGUUACAUCAUUAUGACCGUGCCUUGUCUCUAAAUCAAGGCGACAGUCCCCUGGUAAUAUUCGUUCUA